AUGCCGAAGCAGCGUCACGUGGCCUUCUCGGGCGCCGAGGUGAUCGAGUACAACGCAGCAUUGGCCCCCGUUGUCAAAUUAUGUGGUGCUUUGGGCUGUGUGAAUGGCUCGUCCUUGAUGCUCGAGUGUGAGGCGAGAGGUCUCGAAGUCUCCGAUGAACGUUUGACCUUGCACUACAUCGAGGAACUGCAGCGGUCCCUGCGCUCUCGAGGCUUCGAACCAAUGAGCUGCGACCUGAAGGAGCUGCAGACCCAGCGCCAAGUCGUUGAGCUGCUGCUAGCCUGGACUACACUCGGCCAUCAACCCGUCACCAUGGAUGUGCUGGACCCGACGACGCUGCAACGUGUGCAACUGGAAAAGAAGCAACUUGAGGCUCGCGUGGAUGAUGGCUAUGCGUUCGGACGUCGGUUCUUCUCUGUGUCCACAUACGUUGAGUCACUGAGCAGUGAGGAACUGCUGGCUGUGGCAAAAGAGAGGGAUAUGGAGCUACCAAAGCUGGACGAGAAACAGAGAGCAGGCGUUAAGGCGUUGGAUAGGGAACUACUAGGACUGUAUGGCACGGCAGAGGGACGACCACUGAGAUCACUGACAUUGAGGCAGUUAGUGACUGAAGCAGAGGGACGAGGAAUGCUUGGACCUGGAGGUGAGAAAGCGAGGGACAGUAAGGGCAAGAAGAGCAAGCGCGCUUGGGUGGAUCUGCUCAGACCGGUGAUGGUGGCCGAGGUGCGUGCUGCCAAGAUCCGUGAACAGCAAGAAGAAAUGCUACGAGAGCAAUUGGUGAAAGAACUGGAACAGGAAAAGGAGCAGGAACAGAAACAGCGUGUGGUAGAGUUGAUCCAGACGCUCAUGAAGCGGUCAGAGGGCUCGGACUGUGGUGAGCCCGAGGAUGACGACGCAACGAUAAGCCAAGAGAGCGACUCGAAGGUUGACAAGACACACAGGUACUUGGAGGCACUAGUCAAGAGUGUUUGCAUACCUAGAGAGACGCAACAAGACGUUGCUAUGGAUUGA